GCGUGGGAUACAUAUGGCGACAUUCCGUCUAUACCUUGUGUGUCGCUGGUCGAGCGAUGAAUUUUAAGCUUACAAAGAAGGCUUGAUGCACCUAGGAGCUGAUGAUUCCUCUUAAGCUUGUGUUUCGUGUAUACACAACACAAAGGGCACUUGAUGCUAUCUGCAGAAAAUUUUUGCUGGAAAUGCGAGUAACGAUUAUAUUUUGCACGCAGGGUGAUACUGCACUCAUCGAUUGGAUUAAAGAAAUCCCUUGUGAAGCAAAGGUAGAAGUCGUGCUUAUUGAUGAUGCCUUUGUGGAAAGAAAGUGGAUGAAAUGCCUAUUUUAACCGGAUGCAUAUCUAGGUGAUGAGGUAAUUCAUGAUUAGUUUUCAUUUGGUGACCCUGCUAAAUAUAAAAAUAUUACUCACUCUGAUAUUUUUAACCAUACCUUACACACUUGUAGGUGAUAGACUGUUACAUAAAUUUAAUAAAAGCUCAAGAGCAUCUAAAAUGCCGAUCUGAAGGUCGUGUACACAUAGAAAAUGCUUUUUAGUUCAACUUUCUAAAGCGAGACGGUGAUGUUGAAACUAAAACAGAUGAGUUAUAUCCAAUUAAAGACAUGUCACAAAUAUCUAGCGCUGAAAGAAGGGUUUUACUUUAUCUAGACCAUGACAUGGUAAAUAAGAGUUUGCAAUCUACACAGUUAGUGUUUACAUGUAUUUUUUGCAAUAUUUAUAAUUGAGAUGUAGGUGUUUAUUCCAAUAAAUAUCCGAGAAAUGCACUGGUAUCUUGCCGUGAUCAAUGUAAGAAAUAUGGAGAUACAAGUGCUCGACUCACUUGGUAAAUCAUCCGGUCGCAAUGACCUCAUUAACACUAUAAAAGGACUCCAAAGACAAAUUGAUAUGGUAUCUCAGCGUAAGGAAUUAAAAGAUCACAGGUGGCCAGACCUCCGAGUUGCUUCUUGGCCACUUAGAGAAAUGGAAAUGAAAUAUGCAAAGCAAACAGAUAGCUCCUCGUGUGGCCUCUUUCUACUAAAUUAUAUCGAAUACUGGACAGGGGAUGAAUUAUCUGAUAAUUUUACCCAGGAUGACAUGUUACACUUUAGGAAAAAAUUGGCUGCUAUAUUACUAUUUUCAGAUAUAAACAAGAGAAAGGGGUGUCCGUUAUACAAGUAUGACAAAGAAGUCGAUGCUGGAAGCUCCUCUGAUGUUCAGAUAUUAGAUAGUCCCACAAAUCCUAAGAAGAGGAAACUACUUUGUGUAUCUUAAGAUAGCGAAGUAUUGAUGGAAGAUGAUGAUGACCCCAUCACUCAAGCAGACUUAGAAAGGUGAUUUGUUCAUGAUUGGGAUAAAAGAACUACUAUAAAAAUAUCGAUCGAUGAGUGCACUAAUGAAUUUUUACUGAGUGGCCUUUCCACAAAGGAAAAGCCAGUGACCAAAGCCGAUUUAAUAGAUGUUCUAUGUGAUUACAUCAUGACAAUUCAAGAUGAUACGACAUUAGAGUAA